ACGUCUCGUCAUAGUCGUCGCUCCCGUUGUGGAGAGUCCGGUUCCGCCGUCCGCCGUGGCCGGUUAUUAUUGCUGGCUUGCUUCAAAAAUAGCGAAAGGGACGCCUAGUGACGCGGAGGGGGUACUUGGUUUUCCACGUUGCGAGAGACAGGCCAGCUCAUCCGGGUCGUUUGAAUUUCCCAGAAAAUGUUGGAUGUCGAAACGCGGUUGACUGGGAAACAAUUUCCUUCCGAGAGAUUCACGUAAUACACCUCCAGUGUGCGUGUGUGUUUCAUUCAGGGUUGAACAAACAACGCCCUUUAGUGUAACACUGGGCCGCCGCAACGCCGCCGUGACUGCUCCUUCUUAUCGAUUUCCGGACCCAACCUCCCCUUGCCCUCAGUCGUCGUUCAGAUAACGUGUGGAUUGCGACAACGUUUUAGACUGGGGAUAGAGUCAGAAAAGUCUUGGUGUGCCAAUAAGUAAGUCCUGUGAGCUCAAUUUUCCCGUCUUUUUUUUUUCCUUUUCACUGGGCGGAUUGCGUCGUUUCCAUUUGAUUUCCCCCAGUCUCUCCGUCUUCCUUUGUGAGCGAUUUAUCGAUGGAAAUAAACGCGUGUUCCAGAAUUAGCCGUCAUGUCAGAUUGACAAUGAACAGCCGUCACCUUCUUAUCGUCUGAUAUUUCGGAGAACACGGAGCACCAGCCAAAAAGGGGUACACUCAUUUUUCAAAUUCCUUUUGAUGGCAUUGCCAUAGCAACGCUUUGAAAAGCCAACACCGGUAGCCGGGAUUAUUAACUUAGGAACGCCUUGUUGUUUCCCAUCAGAGACAAAAAAUAAAAAAGUUGCAAUUUUUUAUAAGCUCAUUCAAGACGAGAGAGUCGGUUCAUUUAUUAAACAGUUGUAGGAACGUUCCGACGUCAAAUCCGCUCGUGUUUCAUUCAACGACGGACCCUACGCCAGCUGUUUCUUGGAUGUGUAACACAUUUAUCUCGUCUAGGACUCGAAUUAACAAGGAAAGUGUUUCGCAAAAGCCAUGAUUCUACGUAGCUCAAACGUGAACAUGUUACCAGAUAAAAAAAAGAUAACCUAUAGUGUGCCCUGGGUUUUUAUUGAUCUGCCGUGCUGGAGGGAAGAUGUCGAGGGAGUGCAGCCUCACCUGCUCAUGUGAAAACACUCGCGCAGCUCUUCUAACGAUUUUCCCCCCUUUUUUCUUCUUCUUUCUAUCCGCUUUUGUUUAUUUCAAAAGGUUGUUGAGUUGUCACAUGGAAGAUGUAAAUCAUCAACCUGUUCGUCUACUUCGCUUCGUCAAAUUAUUAGAUGAUUCCUCAUCAUGCGAGACGGCGUCGUCUUGUCUGCCGGACAUUCACGGCGAUGGAGUCGAUUGGCGGGGACUGAAUUACGACAAAAAGGACUGGCUUCUCUCGUUGAAGGGCAAACGUAGUGACCGUCGUAGUUGCGCCAUUUUGCGUCAUCAGUCCGUCCCCGUCUAUUCAACCGGUCGACAAGUGAGCCAUGUGAUUGCAUCCAAGACGUCCCGAGACGUUAAAAUGGAACGUCAAAAACUUCGUCACCACCAGCAGCAGCUGAAAUGCUGCAGUCUGGACGGUGAUCCAAUUGCAAUCAGUGGUGCUGGCGCCGAGGAGUCUGUAAUCACUCCACCUAAGGAUUUUCAAGAUCAUCUGGCGGACAGCUGCAAAAUAACAUCCAGUGGUGGAGAGGAUACCAGUCUGCUGACGGUGGUCGUUUCCGGCGGCUGUGUUACUGAGACGAUACUUGAGCCGCCGGCCAUGUUUCGACCGCCAGCUAUUCGACACAGACCUCGGACGGAAUUGUACUGGACGGCGGAGCGACCAGCUUGGACGCCGCUCCUUCCGGCUCCCAACGAGUCGACCAGCCAAGUUUUUAACGAAGAGCUGGAACGUCUUAAAUCGCACUCACUUUUUCUUCGUUUCCCAUUGGACGGCGCUGCUCGCGUCCAUUAUCGAUCAUCCAGGAGCGUCGUCAUCCAAUCCGCUUCCGUCAAUCAAUACAGGAUCCGGACGGAGGAAACAACCGAGGCCAAUUAUCCAUCCGACGGAAUCUAUGAGGCCGUGUCGGAAACAGAAAGCGAAGAGGAAGAUGAAGAAACCAGUAAGGAAGAACCACCCGCCAACAGGAGAGCUCACGGUGGUCAUCGAGUUUCAGCCGCUCGGCUUUCUUCCUCAUCCGGAUUGUCUUCCUCCCAAGCGACGACCACAUCGUCCACUACUUCAGAUGCCGACAGUGGAAUCGACGGGAUCAGUCCUCGUGUUUCGGCUACGGCGUUUGGCGAAUCGACGCUGAGUCCAUCGCAGAGUAUCUUGUACAUUGACAGCAUCAGCGCUCGCAACAGCGUCGUGCACGAUACUACUGCCGAGGAGCAGCCAGCGGAUGAUUCCACCAACGAUCCGGAAGAGUCUUCCAGGCUACCCUCUGACGAAGGAUCGUUUAAUGAUCCUAGGGCUAGCAUCCUGGUCGUGGAAGGAGAUCCACGUCGUGAUCGAGCGCAUCGUGUCGCAAUUGAACUUUUACACACUGAACGAACUUAUGUUGACGUUUUACACUUGCUCGAUCAGGUGUUCCAGUUUCGGAUCGACCAGGAAAACCGAGCGCACGGAAUGUUUGCACAGGAUUUGAUUCCGCAAAUGUUUUCCAACAUUAAAUCGCUUUUUAAAUUGCACCACGAUUUUUUUCUACCGAGAUUGGAAGAGCGACUCAGAGAGUGGGAAGAGCAGGAGCAACAAGAACGAAGAAUUGGUGAUAUUAUGACGAGUUUCGCUCCGUUUCUCAAAAUGUACGCCGAAUAUGUCCGCAAUUUCGAUCACGCAACGAAUCUGAUCAGCACGAUGAGUCUGAAAUCGCCCCGUUUUGUGGCCAUCGUCGACGAAAUUCAGCAAUUGCCCCAGUGCGGCCAUUUGAGUCUUCAACAUCACAUGCUGACGCCGAUCCAACGAGUUCCUCGCUACGAAAUGUUAUUACGUGAUUAUCUGAGGAGGCUGCCAGAAGAUUCGGCCGACCGAGCAGAAACCGAAAAAGCGCUACAUUUGGUUUCGACAGCGGCUAAUCACGCCAACGAAGCCAUGAAAAAGAUUGACCAGUUCAAACAGCUGCUGGAAAUUCAGGAGAGUUUAGGUGGCGCCGUUGAUCUCGUCUCGCCCACACGCGAACUGGUGAAGGAGGGCAAAAUCGUCAAAAUAUCGGCCAGGAGCGGCGACCACCAAGAACGUUAUCUCUUUCUGUUCACCGAUUUGCUGUUGCUCUGCUCACCACGACUUAUCCCUAAUCGGGUCAUUGGCGGGGCCGGUUUACCACCGUACCGCGUUCGUGCUCGUUUCACCGUCUCUAAUGUGGAAGUGUUGGAAGGUGACAACCUGGAAACGGCCAAUACGUUCUACUUGCGUGAAGGAGCCAAAACGGUUGAACUGUACACGGGCACUCAGGAGGAGAAGGAAGCUUGGAUCGACGGCCUUUAUGCUGCCAUGACCGAAUUGACACGUCGUAAAUCUUCGCUCAGGAUCUCACCCAUGCAGUCGCAACAACAAGCCAGACCACCCAGUUUAGAUGCCGAUAAUAGUGACUCAUCGCUGGGUAAGGCGGCCCCUACGCUCGUUCGGAUGGAUUCCGUUACAAGAUGUUUCCACUGCCAAGGACAGUUUUCUGUCAUGAAGCGCAAACAUCACUGCUACUCCUGUGGACGAGUGGCUUGCAAUCGGUGCUCCAAUCAUAAACUUCCCUUACCUUACGAUAGCACCAAGUCGUGGAGAGUCUGUGACCCUUGUCACGAAGUCCUCGUUUCGUCUGGACGUCGAGAAAUGACAAAUAUUUCGCCCGUUCAUACGCCCGACUCGGCUCCUUCACCGCCCAGUCUGCGAUCAAGUCUUUUGGAGGUGGAUGUCGAGACGCCUUCCGUGCUGAGCGGAUACCUUAGUCUCAAGACCCGUGGCAAAACGUGGCAGCGGCGCUGGUUCGCCCUGCGUUCUGAUUUUGUGCUUUACUCUUAUCGAAGCCAUCAAGGCGAAAGCCGGGCCAUGACGGCCACACCUGUUCCGGGAUUCGCUGUCACCUUGGUUAGCGGUUCAAGUAGUUUGCUGGCUGACGGUGCCAGUCCUAGUCACCUGCAAUCCGUUGUCGACCAGGCCAGUAAACUCAGCACUUCUAACGGCGACGGAGUGGGAAUGAUUUCCGAACGGGAUCGUUCAUUUAAAAUGGCCCAUGUCCAUAAGAGCUACCAGUUCCAGUCGCCGACUCGACAAGAAGCUGAGAAGUGGGUCCAGUUUCUACAAAUGGCUGCUAAAGCUGACUUGCCAUCGCCAUCAUGACGCUGUAAAAAAUGACAGAAAAUACCAAAGAUUGUGCACAUAUCCGUCGACUUAAAACAGAGAAAUAUUGAUCAAGAAUCGUUUGUAAAGCCUUGUAUGUAUGUUUUGUUUAUUGUAGCUUCUUUAUGUUUCAACAUGCAACAUUUGCUGUACAUAAUUCAUGUCUGGAUUGCACACAACACACGCCCUCACUAUACGCUUCCGAAAUGUUGAAAUGUGUAAUAAUCGAUAUUCUAGACGAGGAAGGUACGGGCCGCUUGUUUCUUUUUUGUCAUAUCUCCAUUUUGAAUUUAUAUAACGAAUCGCGAGUUCCUUCGCCGCUUGAUGUCGAACAUCGUUGUUAAACCGCAUUUUUCGCAAUAAUACAAAGUUUUGUAAAAGAUA